UCUCUUCACACCAUUCCACCAUACAGAACUCGUUUUUUCGCUAUAUCUUCCCCCAACUCAGUAUCUGUGAUGAAAGUCCAUAUCCACGCAAUCAACAUCCUCCUACUCCUAGCUUAAAAUGGCGAGUCGACGCGAAAACCAAGGUACAGAUACCUCCUGGACGAGCUCACUGCAAGAUGCGAUGCAGCAAAACCUCCGGCUUGAGGAACGCCUGGAGCAGGACGAGCUCGAGUCCCCACAAGCUCGACUCAAAAGACUUCUUUCCACUCGAUCCGCAGUGUCGACUUCAUCAUCCUUCGCUGAACGCCAACAGGCAGCAGUUGGCUGCAAUGCCCCCUUUCGCGAAAUCGGAACCGGCUCGAUCGGAAAGGUUUUUGAGCAGGGGGGCACACUGUGGGCUUUCAAGGUCCUCCUCAUCGAUCUUACCGACAAGCUCUGGAACAACUACUUGAUGCACCUCCGAAUCCAGGACAGCUUUGACCAGCUAGGUUAUGAUACCUAUGGGCUAGAGAUUCCCCGCAACCUUCACCUUUUCCCCGAUGACUCGACCUUCCCUCGUCGUCCUCGCGAGAUCCUGUGUAUGGAAAGGAUUUUCCCGCUGCCCCAACCGAUCAGGCACGCACUCAUCGACCUCUUCUGCAACCCCAACCACAUCAAUGCAGCAAAAAACUCCAGUGCGAACAAGGACUGUCUGAUCCGCUUGAUGCUCGGGCGUAAGCGCUACGGAUCCUCGCUCCCGGGCGGAAGCCGCUUCUUUUCGCUGCGCAACUACAAGCUUCACGUCGACCAGAUCCAGGAGCUCGAACUGGACGCAGACGCAUACGCCUCGAAUAUGGCAGACGCGCUCGCCAUCCUGCACUGGCACGCGCGCAUCGACGCGAUGGACGUAGAAUUUGUUCUAGGAAGCACACCCUUCGACCUCAACGCAGUCCGCCGCCCGGUGCCCCUCCGCGACGUCAUGCGUCUGCGCGCGGGAAGCAGUACACUCGAACGCGCGACAAAUCGCGUCCCGAAUUUCAAGAAGCGCAUCGUGAGCCUCUGGAUGCUAGACUUUGAUGCCUGUCGGGCCAUCUCGAUGGACACCGAGGGUGUCAAUCGCGCUGUGCAGGCGUUCGUCGAUAACGAGCCUUAUUCCCCCCGUCCGUUCACAAACGAUCACUAUUCCGAGCGACUCUGGCAGCUCUUCUCCCAGCGCUACCCCUUGCCCCGGCAGUUCGUCAACGGGGUCAUGGCCAAGCUCGCCCCGCCCCCCACACCCUCUACCGGGGCCCGUUCCAGUCAUCGUCCUAGGGGUCAGAGAGGCGGUCGCGACUCUGGGCGCGGUUCCUCGUCUACAAGUUCGGGGACGCGAAGACCCACGGCCGAUGAAGAAGAGUCUCGUCGACGUCGUGGAGGACAACAUGGUGGAAGACAUCAUCGUUGA